CGCGAAUCUGACCUCCUGACUGGGCACAUCACAUCACGUUUGCGUAAUUGUAAUCCAGAUGAGGCCAGGAUGAUAGUUGCCCCUCCUCUUGCUGCAAACACUCGAUACUCAAGAGACGAAAAAGUUCAUCGUCGAGUUGAAUGCAAAUUUCAUUAAAAUGCUUCCACCGAACGCGCCAACAUCCGUUCCGUCAAACGGUUAAAUCAAAGUCUUCUCGUUCGGAUCGUUGGGAAAACCGGUUGCCAAGCGCUCCGCAUCCAACCAAAACUGGAGCGCACUUGAGUGCCGAAUUAUGGCCAUUUUCUCCACCUCAUUUCGGGGAGGGGCUGAAAUGAAGAAACUCUCAAGCGUCGUACCAUUCCUGGGCAAUGGUUUUACCAUGGCGCCAGCCCCGGAGAAAAACUUGACGAAACAAUGAUAUACAGUUUAUGAAAAGCUCAUCAAAAAGUACAAUUUACAGUUCGCUUUUCACUUCAUUUUGGCAUCUCGGGAAAGCCGAAGUUCGAAAGAUUGCAGCGCCCAGGUCCACGUGGGGCGAGGUUUGAGGCGCAGUCGUCACUGCUGGGUGAAUGAUUUUAAAAUGAGGCCAAUCGGGUAAGCGACCCUCUCUCUACCUCUACAUUUCAAACCACCAUUUUCCAACUGAAUGCAUGUCUGUGUGUCUGUGGCGCAGCUCCUGACGCACAAUAGCCGCCAGCACCACAAGCCAGCAGACGUCAUAAUGGUGGUGCGGCGAUUCUUUUGAAACAAUAUCUUCUUCCCUUGUCUCUAGUUAGAGUCGCUCGGUCUCUCUCUAGAGUCGAGCAUUGUGCAGCACCAUUGCGCACAGUUCAGAAGAAAGAAUUCGUGAUUGGUGAGAUUUUUUUCCCUCGUUUGAACACUUUUUUCGGACAAAACGCCGCGGAGUCUGUAGUCACGAAAUGACGCACAAAAGGGCACAUUUACAUAAUGGAAAACUUUGCAGGCAGCUUUGCGUCGCCCAAUGCGGGAAUCGGGAAAUCAUGCGAGCUUGUUGCGAACCUCUAUUUCGCGCGAUUAUACUGUGCACUGAUCGUUUUGAUACCGGCGUGGCAAUUGUUUGAAUUUGAUUUCGUCUUCGUCUCCAAUCACUGCACCAUGCGAGCAUCGUGUCUACCACCAGAGGGCAACCGAUCGGUUAAGCACCGCGGCACUUGACGGUAACGAAUCGAAUCUUCCACGAAUUCCCCCCCCCCCGCCCCAAACUCCUUUCUACCUAGUACACGCCCCGCCACGGCCACGGACGAACACACUCUCUGGCUACACUGUACAUAGUAACUCAAGUUAAGGUUAUUAGAGCUUUCACCUAGACUAAUUUCACUCCGUUUUCCAAAAAGGACUAGUUUGCUCCCGCGACCGCGUCUCAGAGUAAGCAGCAGCAAGCACACCCCACAGUUUCCACUAUUCAGUGUUUGUCACGUUCUUCAGUCUAGCAGUUCUUGGCGCGCCAAGGUACGCGUUCAGGCCGCAAGGUUCAGUCGCAACGUUUGUUGAACACUUGACUUCAGAGAGAGAGACACACACACAUACUCGAUCGGAAUGAGUUAGAAAAUGUUUUAUAUCUUUCCCCCGCGGGUUUGAUUGCACAUGUGAAAGCUUUAGUUAAACGAUCCGAAGUGUAUCAUAGAAAAAAUUAACAAACAGGACAACCCAACCCCACUCCCCCCCUAAAAACCAUCGAUGGAGCAAUGUGUGCGCACGCAAAAGAAAAUAACGAAAUCUGUUACCCAUAUACUAAGGUACACUCACCGAUGGUAAGUCUAGGAAAAAAAAAAACAAAACAAAACAAAAAGUAAAGAUCUUUAACCAAGGGUGAAGCAGAGAGAAGAAAG